AUGUUCAAGAUCGAACAAAGGCCAGAUGCGGCCGGUGAUUUGCAUGCCUGCCUCGCAAUCCGGGUGUCGAUCGAGGACCCGGCGGCUUUGCACUAUUUCUACUGUUUACUGACCAAACCCACCCUUAUCGACGACUAUCCCGAUGACGAAGUGACCUCGGACUUUCAAACGACGUUGGCACUUGAUGGCAGCCGUUGCCUGCAAAUACUCGACAAAUUCACCGGAAUUCUGCCCGGCCAUCCUGUCACACUGCGCUACGCAAAUAGGAAUACACAAUCCAGCGCGCCGCGACAAGUUAUCGAAUUUCGCACUCUGCACUACGAUAUCGACGUGUCACAGGAGGAUCGUGCUGAAUAUCAACGCGAAAUGGAUGUGAUGUUGAAUCGACUAAUCGAUACCUUCAAUAUCUCACCACCUUCAUACCCUCUUCAGAUGUACGUGGUGGAUCGCGUGAAGAGUGAUCCCGGCCGCCUGUCGUCACGGCCCUACAUGGUAUGGGAGACGGGCAUUCGGAUCAUACUCGCGCUCAAUGACCCCAUGGAGCACACCCAACGGCCAAUCGAACAGGAACCAUGGCCCGCAGCUAAUCUACCCAGCGCCAUCCAACCAACGGACCGGCUGCGACUUCGAUGGAAUUCGUCGACGAUAUCCCCCUUCAAUACCGUC